AUGGAUAUGAUUUCACUACAUGUUAAAGGGGACACGUCAUUGCUAACAAAUGUCGAACGUCUUUUGUCUCAGGAGGUCUUGAUAGCCGAAGAAUUCACUGGAAUUCAAAAUGACAAGAAGGAAAAAAUCUUUCGAUGCACCUUUCCAGGCUGCGGCCGGGAGUUUCAGCUCAAGGGAAAUCUAAAGAGACAUGUUAAUAUCCAUAAGGGUGAUAAGAAAUUCGUCUGCAAGUUUUGUAAGAAGCGCUUCUUGCGCAAAGCAGACAUGGAAGUGCACUAUCGAGUGCACACGGGUGAAAAACCCUAUCGUUGCAAAUACAACGAAUGUGGCAAACGCUUUGCCCGUUGCUCAGAUUUACUGAGUCACGAACGCACGCACACAGGCAAGAAGCCCUACGCAUGCGCGUUCCCUGGUUGCGACCGGAACUUCGCACGCAAAUUUGAUCUCCACAAGCAUCAGCGUCUGCAUGAGGACCACGAUGACGCUCUUGGAACAAUCAAGACCAAGAAACGAAAGUUGUCGCCGUGUCAAACUGACGCUUUAACACGCAAUGAAAGCUGCGACUGUCCGAGCGAUGUCGCUACGCCUUUUGUUGGUGGAGCAACGUCCUCCGAUGCAGCUCUGACUGCUGAUGUCUUUCUUCCUGGACCACCAGCUACGCAAACCACAGUGCCGAUUACCGGCACAUUUGCAGCUGGUCGCCGCAAGAUGUCAGCUAUUGCUGCGUGCUUAGACACUCCGACAAGAGCGUCGCGAUACGAACUCAAGUGUCCGGAGAACAACGUCUCGCCACCGACGUGUUUUGCUGCGCUAUCCUCGUUGGACGCCUUCGUGUUGUCGCAGGAAACCUUGGAUUUUUCUCGUCCCUUUUCACUUGAUGCGUUUCCGCCGUGUCCUUCGACAACGAUUGGAACAAGUUGCUGUCCAGCGCAUCUUGAGCUGAGGCCUCCCCCGCCUGAAGACAACAUAGUCUCUACUGAAACGAAGAUGCCGAACGCCCCCGAUAUCCUGGACCAUCUCUUUACGACGUUCCCGUCAUCACCGAAUAAAACUGCGCUCGCACCUACGGACUCUCACGACUUGCAUUCCAACAUGGCACAUGAAAUGACGCUCAUCAACGGUUCUUUUACGAACUCAGCUCAGCCUGGGUCAGUUGACAACUCGACGGUGGGUCAGACAUUUUCUGAGUCUAGCGUGCCUCUCAAUGUGCCGGACGUGAACGGAUCAACUUUCAGUCCUGAGAGAGUGCUAUCAAGCUCGACUCCCAGUGCAGCUUCAGUUGGUAAAUCGUCGGUGCCCAGUUCUCAAGCGCAUCCGGCAGCCUCAUCGGGCAGUCCUGUUAACUUUGGCGAUGUCAGUCCGACUGACUGGGUCACAAGUUCCACAAGUGAUGGUAGUGGCGCUGCACCAGUUACCGCUGCUGCUUCAGUCAAAUUUGCCGUUGAGAAAGCAUGCCUGUCAACGCCGACGUCAUCGUUGCUGGACUACUCGCGGCAUAAUCGUUCGUGUGGCCACUUGUCCAUUCAGCACGGAAAUCAUCGCGACUAUGUGGUGCAAAAUCACCUCGUUUGUCAAGACAGCGUGACGAGACUUGGUGUGAAGCAGCGUGCCGUCUCUACCGAGAAAGCAGAAUUUAAUGCGGCAGCUGCAAGGCCUGUUCAGUGCACCUCGCCCAAGGAUACGCAUCGACCGGGCUGCGGCCACCUUCCCGUGCGCCACAACGAUCACAUUGACUACGUCGUGGAGGACAACUUGAUUUGCCAGCAGGCUAGCUGGCUUGAGGACGAUAAUCUUGAACUACUCGGUGACGAUUUCUGGGACUUUUACGAUGCUAUUGACGCGUUCCCGACCAACUAA